AUGGAUCAUUCUAAUGCUACGUAUUUAACUCUGGAGGGCCAUGUGGAGUUGGAGAAGUACAGAUAUGUUUAUUUUGUAAUAGUACUCACAAUUUAUAUGUUGAUUAUGGGUUGUAAUGGUAUUGUUAUUUUUGUCAUAUUCACAAACAAAUGUCUCCAUGAACCCAUGUACAUUUUCAUUGCUGCUUUACUUUGUAAUGCUAUCUGUGGAACAACUGCUCUUUAUCCGAAACUGCUCACAGAUUUUUUGUCUGAAAGUCAAACCAUCUCCUAUGAAGCAUGUACAUUUCAGUCAUUUUUUAUUUAUACAUAUGCCAUGUCAGAGUUCACACUGUUAUCAGUGAUGGCCUAUGACAGAUAUGUGUCCAUCUGUAAACCAUUACAAUAUGCUGCAAUUAUAAAAAUGUCCACUGUGAAAAAGCUUUUAUUUUGCUGUUGGUGUGUGCCUUGCUGUGAAAACAGUAUAUCACUGGCAUUAACAUUCCAAGUUAAGCUUUGUAGGUACAAGUUAAAUAGAAUAUACUGUAAUAAUUCAUCAGUUGUUAGAUUAAGUUGUGGAGACAUAAAUGUAAGAAACUCAUAUACAGCCUUCGUUUUUGUCGUUGCUGUAUUCCCACCAAUGUUUUUUGUGACCUACUCGUAUAUUAGAAUACUUCACAUUUGUCUUAAGAGUUCGAAAGAUUUCAGAAGAAAAGCUCUACAAACCUGCUUUCCACAUCUUUUUAUAUUCAGCAAUUUUACAGUUACAUCUUGCUUUGAAGUUAUUAAUAACAAACUAGAAUCAAAUCAAACUCCUCACAUUAUUGCCAUGAUCAUGUCAGUGGGAAAUUUGGUUAUUUCUCCUCUAAUCAAUCCCAUAAUAUAUGGACUGAAAAUGCAGAAGAUUUUUAAUAGUAUCAAAAAACUGAUUUGGAAAAUGAGACAAAUGUAA